AACAGAAAAGCUGACAGCUACAAAAUAGCUGAGCUCAUUCAUUGAAAGGGGAAAAUGGACGAGUUGAGCAAAGUCUUCUCAGUUGUUCGUAUUCUGGUAUCCAAGGACGGCAACGCUGAUAAGGUUACGGCGAAAGCUGACAAAGCCAGGCACAGCGGCCUAAAAGAUCGCCUGCUGCAGCAGAAACUGUUUGGCAACGUGGUGGCUGCUCGUCUUCAUGCUCAUGACAGUGAACUGAAUAUUCGCCAGUAUGAUGAUGCGAAAGAUGGAAAGGUCAGUGUGGAGGACCUGUUCCUCCAUCUUGCUGACGAGCUGCUCCCGAGAAUACUGGCGCAGCUGAUCACGUUGCGUCAGCAGCAUGCGGAGAAGAAGAAAGCAGAGACCAAAAGCGCUCCAGCAGGCAAAGCCCCCGAGCUCGAACCAGACGCCAUUGGUGCCCGUGAUAUUGGCUGCCUGCAGGGCCUGCUUCAGUUCACCGUAGCGCUGGGCAUCCAUCCGUUCUUGAAGCUGCAGCUGCGUGCCGAUGCGAAGAACUACACCACCCCGCCGUCGGUCAAGCCGGAGCAGCCAUCGGUGCUAGCUAAUCGGGAGAAAAUGAUGGCGACGGUGACGUCACUGCGACGGUUGCGCGAACACGACGGCACGGCCCCAUUGCUACGCUCGGACGGCGUGCAGUGUGCCGUUCUCUGUGUUCUUAUCGAGCUGGUCAUCGACACCGUAACACUGCCGUCAAGCUCUGGUGAAGCGGUGGCGAAGGACGAGCCAGCGCUGGUCGAGCUGCGGGAGAAGGCACAGUCGUGGCUGGAUGAGCUUGUGGAGUCGUUCCUCGGACCGCCUCUGGUGUCGCAAUUGUUCUAUUUGCAGCACGUUGCACAGCGUAGUGCUACAAUUCCGAAUGGUUGUGGAGCUCAGUUUGCUGCCAACUUUCAAGCCGAGUGCGGACGCUUGCUCUCCAAGGUUGCCAUGGCAUCAGGAUGUGUCAAGCAUAUCAUGGCCGCUGUCCUAGCAACACGUAACACCGAUGCUCUUGGUCCUGAGUUGCACAAGGUUCUCAGGUUGCUGGCCGGUGUACUCUCACGUCGUCCACAGCAGAGCGAGUCUGCAUUGCGGUACUUUGACUCAGUUGUCAAGCAGCUAUUGGAACUUAGUCGUGUAGAAGCGGCACCGCAGGCUGUUAUUCGGCUUGGCGCCGUGUUUGCUCUGAAGACCAUGUCAAACAGUGGGGCAACGGAGGUGGAGACUGCGUUCCAGCAGCAUCUGUUUGCGCCCAUCCGCCCUCUCUACGACUCCGAAUUUGCUGGUGAUCUUCCCACCUUACUGGUCUCAUCGUUUGGCAAUGUCAUUGUGAACCGAGAACAACUGGAACGCUGCAUCAAAGCUAUCCAUACUCUGACGACCGUACCUACGGGUGGACUGCACUUUCGUUUCUCCACACAACAGCCUGUUUUGACUCUGUUCUGUAUGGCUGCAAGCAUGCCAUCCGACUCUCCUCUCAGAAAGCUGAUAUUCGAGGCGGUGAGCUGCGACGUCCUGCAGUGUGACACGCCAACGGAGCGAGUGCUCUCGUUCCUGGACCCGUCCGUCGCCUCCCUCGCGGCCAGCGUGGCUUUCGUGCCCAGCAAGCAGUACAUUGUGUACGCUAGCCUAUCGGCGGACGAUGACUCUUCACUGUGGAGGGACGAACUCAAGGAGAGCUGGCCACCAGCGAUGCCCACAAUCAAUCCAGCCAUUGUUAGCAUCACCGACGUCCUUGUGGAGUUCAUCGAACCGUCUAAAACCCCUACCGAGGCAGGAGUAAGCUCUGGCACAGCAGCAGCAUCAGCAGCCGCCACACCAGCCCAGUCACCGAUGACGGAGGCGUCGUGGAAUCGCAACGGCUGCGGCGCCAAGAUCGUCUCGGGUGUGCUUAACAAAUGCUUGCAGGACUUGACAAACUCGCUCGACGGCAACAUUCAGACGAAAUCACCGGCAGCGGUUGCGUCAUCUGAGCCGCGGCAGUUCCUGGAAGCUGGCCUGGACGUCGAUCCCGAGAUAACACGUCGACUGGACGGCGACUUUGAACGCUUGAACCUGGUCGCUACCAUCAGCGAGCGCUACGGGCCCGGCAUCCUACCGCACUCGAGCAGCACUCUACUGGACUUUGCCGGUCAGGGUCUGGCGGCGGCUGCCUUCAUCCUCGACCCCGGCAAGCUCAACUCGGCAAUGUUGGAAUCGGUCAGCGAGCCGAACGGGCAGACGCGCAUAGUAGGACACAUGAACGGUUGGACUAUCAACGUGUUUGCUGCGCAGAUCUGGUCUUCGGUUGCCAUACAGCUGUGCCUGGCAUUGCUGUCCCAUCACCUGGAGAUGGAUGUGAAGUUUGGUGACUGUGAGGUCGUCAAGCGCAUCGUGCAGUCGCUGCAGGUCAUUGCCAAUCACCAUGACGACCAGGGCAUACGCGAUCACUGCCUGGAGGUGCAGGUUGCCGCGUCGACGUACAUCACCCUGGCCUGCAUUGCCGACUCCAGCUGGGCCACGAGUGGUAGUGGUGCUGCUGCUGCUGCGGGCGGUGAUGGCGAAGGCGCUGAUGGUGUCGAUAGCGCCACCGCGGGCCUUGAGCAGCUCUUGAGCAGCUUGCAGGCUGGCAAUCUGGACGCGGUCAGCGAGCAGCUGGGCAAGAGGGCGGCCAAGGCCGGCAAGAAGAACACGGCAGGGAAAUCGACCAGCGCCGCCACCGCUGCGAAACCCAAGACGGCCGGUAUCACCGAGGUGCGUGCAGAGUCUAGCGCUGCCAAGCCGGCAUCAUCGGGCGGCAAGCAGCCAUCAUCUUCGUCCCCGAUGUCGGCCGACCUGAAGCAGGCGUUUGCGGAGCUCCGCGACCCUCUCCUGCCCGUGCAGGGCCACGGCUUGCAGUUGCUUGGCAAGCUGCUGCAGAAGCGCGAUCGCUCUGCCCUGGAGCACGUGGACAAGCUGGCCGAGAUCUUCGUGGAGCAACUGGCACACCCGGACUCCUACAUCUACCUCGCUGCCGUCAACGGUCUGGUCGCAAUUGGCAACGUAAAGACUUCACUAGUCGUGCCGCGCCUCUGCCAGGAGUUCAUGAACUGCCGAAAGCAGGCUAACGCCCGCUCGGCUGACACUCGCCUGGUGCUGUGCGAGGCCAUCUCCAAGGUGGCACGUCUGUGCGGUGCUCUGCUGCCGCACUACCGUCAGUUCUUCCUCAACAGCCUGCUGGCCGGUAGCAAGGACGACGAUGGGUUUGUGCGUGCCGCGGCGCUCUCCUGCUUGUCCGAUGUGGUCGGCUUGUUACGCUUCUCCCUGGAGUCCUGUCUGUACGAGGUUACGUCCUGCUUCUGCUCCGUUCUGCAAUGUGACAAAGAAGCCAAACCUCGCCAGGCAGCUGCACUAGCACUCAAGGAAAUGAUCACCGGCCUAGGCUCGGAGGGGCUCAAGAUCACGGCACAAGCGUCUACUCUGAUGCUGCGUAGACUGCGUGCAGCAGCCAGCGGUGAUGAGGACGAGACCGUACGCAGGCACUGCAUUGACGCCCUGGACGCCAUCGAUACAGUAGUGCGUGCGGCGUUCAAACCGACUAGCUCCGGUGCCGGCCUGACCAAGAAGAUACAGGUGCUCCCAUCGCCGUGACGACACCGUGGACACACACACAUGUGUAUCAACAACAUAAUGACACUGCAAAUGAUUCUACUGGAUCUGCGAUGAGAACACCUCAAAUCUUUCAGUGAGUUUAAUACGGCAAGUAAACACGCCCGUUCUUAUCCAGGUGUUCAAGAAAACUGGCCUGAUUGCCCUCGCAACACAAGCAGGAGUAUUUAAGAGAAGUGUGGCCGAUAGCUUUCCGCCACACCACUGUAUCUGCUGAAGGCCGUCGCAGUGCUAAUGCGUGUGUCACUCCAGCGCUAAACCGCGAGAGGAUCGAAUGUGUGUGUGUGUGUUAGUCACACUGCCCGUAUCUACCGAGUUUAUCCGGUUGUAGCACAUUGGUGGAUCAUAACAUGGCUAGUUAGUGGCAGGGAGUUUGCCGAGCCGCCGAGGUGUCUGGACUUGCUCUUAGAACGCUGCCAACUCGGUGCUUCAACGCUAUGCACGCGUGUUUUAAGCGUGGACGUGCACACUUGCACGCCUUCUGUGUCUAGCGUGGAUGCCGCCGUCGCUACCAAUCUGCAACCGCCAAUCAAUUGCAUCUGCUGGUCCAGUAGCACUGCACUUCAGCUUGCUGCCCGCACUCCUUGCACGUGACGCCGAAUCCUGAAACUUUUCUCCUGAUAUGAGCGUGCUCAGCGUGGCCAUUGUGCAAGUGUGACGUCGUGUUGCCACUGUUGUAUGCAUGAUGAUGAUGUCAUUGUCGCAUUAUGAUGUCAUCUUCAUGUUCUGGCUGGCCGUGUUAUACCACCGCGGCGGUGUUUGCUGCAAUGCAAUUUAUGCCGUAGUGAUGCUGCUGUAGAAGACACGUGAUGUUGCUGUGAUGCUGUGGCAAGAUGCGUGAUGCCGUUGUAGCACUGUUGUACUCCCCAGCACCAGUGAUGCCAUUGUAGCCUUGUGGCAAGACAUAUGACAUCAUCAUCAUAGCACUGUGGCAAGAGUUAUGAUGUCGUUGUAGCGUUGUGACAUGACGAGUGAUGUCAUUGCACUGCUACUGUAGUCUCCAGCAGCAGUGAUGACUGCCUUGGUGUGCAUGUAUAACCGUCAUCGUCAAGGAUGGUACUUGGCUGACAUAGUGCGGAUGUUAUUGAGCCACUCAGUCUACUGCGCUGGAGCAGACUAUUGGCACACAAUGGACGGCAGUGCAACUCCUAUACUGGCUAGCAUCCCCUGGCCCUGAUGGCCAUUACGUCAUUGAUGAUGUAAUCUCCGCUGUCGCUGAGCCUAUCCGCAAGUUGUAUGUGAUGUUAGCGAGCCAUGAGCUUUGUGAUAAUAAGUUAUAAUAACCUUACCUCCUGAUGGACCCGGCUACUACAGAAAUAUGAACAGGUUUCAGAAAAUUUAACAGGUUUACAGAACUAGUGUUGUAUCUGCUCACGUCUUGUGACUCCAAGUGGAUUGAGUGUAGCACCCUGUUGACAUUGGCUAAGCACAUGCGACUUGUGCUUGUGCUCCGCUCAACAACAUGUCCAUGGUGGCCUGAGAGGUUGUUGUGCAGUACUAGUGGCUGACAAUGUGCUAGGUCUAGCGGCUGAAUGUCAGUGGCCAGCAUGCCGUCUUGCUUGCCGGUGAGAUGCUCUUUUCAUUGUUAUCACUCAUCAGGGCAUCAGUCUUGUGCUGGUUGUGAUAUCAGGCUUGACUGGCAAUCAUUUUCGUACAGUUUUGUUUCUUAUUUUGAAUGGCCUGUUAAGGUGUUUUAGGUGCUUUGCUGUUGUCCCCUUUUUUCUUAAUGUUUUCAGUCACCAGAUCUCUCUCUCUCUCUCUCUCUCUCUCUCUCUCUCUCUCUCUCUCUCUCUCUCUCUCUCUCUCUCUCUCUCUCUCUCUCUCUCUCUCUCUCUCUCUCUCUCUCUCUCUCUCUCUCUCUCUCUCUCUCUCUCUCUCUCUCUCUCUCUCUCUCUCUCUCUGAGAUAGUUUGUCAGGCUCAAGUGUCUGCAUGCGAAGUCGCUGACAUUGAGAUCACCAGUAAAACCUGACUCGUUGGAGGUCUGCGCCUCCUGUGUGCCUGCAUGUGCAUGGCCGUGUGUCUGCUUUUAUAUCCAUGUCUUCCACUGUGUACUCGUGCCCUUGUGUGUGUGUGUGUGU